CCUCCUUUAUUGUCCCUGCUCGCCCCAGCCUCGUGGCGUGGGGAGGCGCUCCACUCACGUUUCCCCUUUGCCUGGGCCCCUGCCCCACAUCCACGCCUCCCCACCCCCAGGCUCCACACCCUCCGAGUCUUGAGUCUUCGCUGCCUCCCCCGUGCUGGGGUGCCACGUGUUCAGGCAGCUCAGCCUUCCAGCCCUGGCCAAAUGUACCUCACAGCCGGGUGGUCAGCCUGACCCAGAGCCCCUGCCCCAAGGAGGGGUGGGAAUGUUUUCACGUGGGGCCCGGUGCUGUGAGAUGUCCGGGAGCUUGUAGGUAUGGCUGUGUAAGUGCAGGAUCAGCGGCUUUGUUUUUGAGUGUGUAAGCCUUGUGUGUUCCUAUCAUCUGGGUGUGUCUGUAUGUGGUUGUGUGUGCAUCUGAGUGCAGGGGCCUAUAGCUGGGACCAAGGGGUAUGGUGGUAUGAUACUAGGUGUCCGUGAGUGAGACUCACGCUGCAACCUCAAGUACCGCCAGAAGUAGCCACAGAAGUGUUGCUGCUCUGUUGGAACCGCAGCUGGAGCUGUGGCCCAGGCAAGACCCUUUCCUUCCAUGCCGAGUGCUGCACCUCUGUCUCCAGGGCUCAAGUGUUCCCCGUUUUAGGAAUCAGAACCAGCAGCGCUGGACAGGCCCCAGAGAGUUCAUCCCAAUCCUUGAGGUCUUAUAGAGGGGUGUCCUGUGCCCCACCCUGUAUUUUGACCUCUUGCUCCAGAAGGAAGGGAUCCCAUAAACAUCCUGUAUUUGGGCCAUCUGGAUGCUGAGGGCCACUUCCCAGCCUGGUUCCAGCUGGCCUGGCCUGCUUGCCACUGGGACCUGUUUGACCAAACCACUGACUGCCCACCAUGCUCCUGGGAGGACUAAGUGAAGUCAGAGUACAAAGCACUCCUGCAUGGCCGGCAGCCGGAUGCCCGGGCCCACUGGGCGGGCCGGAGGCCGCCUGCGGGAUGAGCAGACUGCUGGGGGGGACGCUGGAGCGCGUCUGCAAGGCUGUGCUCCUUCUGUGCGUGCUGCACUUUCUCGUGGCUGUCAUCCUCUACUUUGACGUCUAUGCCCAGCACCUGGCCUUCUUCAGCCGCUUCAGUGCCCGAGGCCCUGCCCGUGUCCUUCACCCAGCUGCCAGCAGCAGCACCAACUGCUCCCGGCCAAACGCCACUGCCCCCAGCUCCGGACUCCCAGAGGCCCCCAGUGUCCGGCCUGGCUCCACGGCUGCCAUCUUGCCGCCCUGUCCUGACUCGCCACCUGGUCUCGUGGGCCGACUGCUGAUUGAGUUCACCUCACCCAUGCCACUGGAGCGGGUGCAGAGGGAGAACCCAGGUGUGCUCCUGGGUGGCCGCUAUACACCACCCGACUGCGCCCCAGCCCAGACAGUGGCGGUCAUCAUCCCAUUUCGACACCGGGAACACCACCUGCGCUACUGGCUCCACUAUCUGCACCCCAUUCUGAGGCGACAGCGGCUGCGCUAUGGCAUCUACGUCAUCAACCAGCAUGGUGAGGACACCUUCAACCGAGCCAAGCUGCUCAAUGUGGGCUUCCUAGAGGCACUGAAGGAGGACGCCACCUAUGACUGCUUCAUCUUCAGCGACGUGGACCUGGUCCCCAUGGACGACCGCAACCUGUACCGCUGUGGUGACCAGCCCCGCCACUUCGCCAUUGCCAUGGACAAGUUCGGCUUCCGGCUGCCCUACGCUGGCUACUUUGGAGGCGUUUCGGGCCUGAGCAAAGCCCAGUUUCUGAGAAUCAAUGGCUUCCCCAACGAGUACUGGGGCUGGGGUGGCGAGGAUGACGACAUCUUCAACAGGAUCUCCCUGACUGGGAUGAAGAUCUCGCGCCCAGACAUCCGCAUAGGCCGCUACCGCAUGAUCAAGCACGACCGGGACAAGCAUAACGAGCCCAACCCUCAGAGGUUUACCAAGAUUCAAAACACGAAGCUGACCAUGAAGCGGGACGGCAUUGGGUCAGUGCGGUAUCAGGUCCUGGAGGUGUCUCGGCAACCACUCUUCACCAACAUCACAGUGGACAUUGGACGGCCCCCAUCCUGGCCCCCUCGGGGCUGACAAUAAAGGACAAAAGGCUCCUGUGCCAACAGUUGCUCGCCAGAGGACUGACCUACAGCCUGGCUGGCGGCUGCUCUGUGGGGGAUCCCCCAGGACUGAGACUGUGGGCUCUGUCUUCUGAGGGUCUUCAAUAGGUCCCCCCAGCUGCACCUGGAAGUUUCACAACCUACUUUGGGGGAGCUUCCAUCCUGAACAGGCCCCUCAAGUGUGGCCCUCUGGGGUCAUCCCUCCUUGCCCCUCCCUCCCCAGCCCAGCCCCCCUCACUGUCAGGAUUGGGUCAGCCCCUGCACUGCCUCACCGAGUGGCCUGGGCUAGGUCACUCCACCUCUCUGUGCCUCAGUUUCCCCUCCCUUGAGUCCCCUAGGGCCUGGAAGAGUGGGAGGUAUGACUAGGGGGCAGUGCCACUUCCAUGGGGACUUCUCAGACCUGGGGAUCCCCCUUGCUCCCAGGGGAGGGGAAACCUUUUUCAUUCAACAUUGUAGAGGGCAAACUCUGGUGGCCCCCUGCUGAGAAGCAGCCCCAGGAGGGGACCAGAGGGGGCGCUGUGUUACUGCCUGGGAUCUUGGGGUCGGGCUUUGCAUGGGUGGCAGGUGGAGCUUGGACCAGUCACUCUGGUUCCCACCUCCCUGCCUCGGAGAGAAGGCAGUAGCCCCAGGGCCGGAUCAUGUUUGUAUAUUGCACAGAAACUUGUGUGGGUGCUUUAGUAAAAAACGUGAAUGGA